AUAACCAACAUUCAAUUACAAGGCGGAAACAUCACAUCGAUUGAGACGAACAGUGCCAAAUGGGGAGGAGCCCUUGUUGUGCUAAGGAGGGCUUAAACAAAGGUGCUUGGACAUCUCAAGAAGAUGAUAUUCUCAUAGAGUACAUUAGAAUCAAUGGUGAAGGCAAAUGGAGAAACCUUCCCAAAAAUGCAGGUCUGAAAAGAUGUGGGAAGAGCUGCAGGCUUCGAUGGUUGAACUACCUGAGACCAGAUAUCAAGAGAGGUAACAUGGGACCGGAUGAAGAGGAACUCAUCAUUAGGCUCCACAAACUUCUGGGAAACAGAUGGUCUCUAAUUGCUGGGAGGCUUCCGGGCCGAACAGACAAUGAAAUAAAAAACUACUGGAACACCAACCUGGGAAAAAAAGUUCAAAACCAGCAAAUCAGUACUGCCGUUUCGAUUCCUCCAAAGCUUUCAGGGCAUUCAGAUGAAAACAAUUUUCCGCCACCUGCAGUUUCAACGACUCCUAUGCUUUCAGGUUAUACCGAUGAAAACAAUUUUAAUCCAGUACCAACGAUCAACCUGAUGUCCUCCAUUGACACAAGCACCUUACCAUCAUCACCAAUAUCGAAAACCUGCACGAACUCCAAUGUGAUCCGGACCAAAGCAUUCAGGUGCAGCUCUAAACUUCUUCCGACCCCACAACCAAACAAGUCAUCAUGUAAAGAAAAUUUGGAGACCAACGUGAUCGGGGUAGGAUUAAUGCCGAUGGAUGGUCAACAUCAUUCCAUAAACAAGACCACGGAGUUAUCUGGUACAUUCGAUGAGUUAUUAUCACUUGUUACUACUACUCCUACUACUACAGGAUCAUCAGGAGAUCAUAAUAAUAAUCAGUCGUCGGAUUUGGUGAUGAAUUUCAACUUGGGGGAUAUUUGCUUAUCGGAUCUUCUCAACUCAGACUUCUCAGGUGUUUGUGAUUUCAAUUGUAGUGACGAUAACAUGAGUAAUGAUUUAUCGCCAGUUUCUGCAGACCAACCACCUCUAAUGCAGUACUCUGAUCAUCGGGAUAUGCUGCAAGAUUGGAAGAUAAGCAACUCAUGUGUUCAAACAAUGAAUUAUGUGGCUCCAAAUCUCCAGUACUCUUUCUCAUCACUUCUUAAUUCUGGUGCGGAAUGGUUUGAAGAAUAAUUUGACUUGCUAGUACUCAUAGUAAGUAUGUCUAGGCAGAGCUGGAAUGAAUAAUUCAGUUCAAAUGUACUUGAAACGAAUAAAUAGUACUACUGGGUGUCCAGUAAGAUUUUAUGUGACUUUGUUUUGGUGCCCAGCCGGCUCUAUGUGUAGUUACAUAACAAUAAUGUAAGAUUUCCAAUGGAUUUUUAUA